UACCCACCUCGCUCUCUCGCUCUCUCUACAGACUUGAGUCUGUGCUCCGCUUGUUCCUUCUAUAAAUAAGAGCACCCAGUUGAGCAGCGUUUAAACACAGCCCACCACGAAAGAUAUCCAGAUUUCCAAAAGAAGCAGCUUUACUCAGCCAUGGAAGCCGGGCUCUCUUUAGACUGGAAAGGCCACCCCUGCAAGCCAAAUAAACAUGGAGGCAUGCGUGCUGCCGUAUUUGUUCUAGGCAUUCAAGCAUUUGAAAUCAUGGCUAUAGCAGCUGUGGGAAAUAAUCUCAUAACUUAUGUCUUCGACGAUAUGCACUUCCCACUGUUCAAGGCAGCAAAUAUUGUCACAAACUUCAUCGGCACAGUGUUCAUCCUUUCUCUGCUUGGUGGUUUUCUAUCUGAUUCUUACUUGGGCAGCUUCUGGACCAUGCUCAUAUUUGGAUUUGUUGAACUUUCGGGCUUUAUUCUACUCUGUGUGCAAGCACAUCUUCCUCAAUUGAGGCCACCCAAAUGCAACAUGAUGUCAAAAGAGGAUCAUUGUAUUGAAGCUGAAGGCUUUAAAGCUACAAUAUUCUUUGUAGCUCUUUACCUUGUGGCCUUAGGCAGUGGUUGCUUAAAGCCCAACAUGAUUUCUCAUGGUGCUGAUCAGUUCAUGAAGGAAGAUCCCAAACAAUCAAAAAAGCUUUCGACUUACUUUAACUCGGCCUAUUUCAGCUUCUGCGUUGGCGAGCUCUUCGCGCUCACCAUUCUCGUUUGGGUUCAAACGAGGUCAGGGAUGGACAUCGGUUUCGCCAUCUCGGCAGCGGCCAUGGCAUUGGGGCUCUUGAGCUUGAUCUUCGGCAUGAUCUUUUAUAGAAACAAGCCUCCUCAAGGCAGCAUCUUUACUCCAAUAGCAAGGGUUUUAGUGGCCGCUAUUACCAAGCGAAAGCAAGUUUGCCCUUCCAAUGGCACCAACCAUUUAGCUGUCUCUGAUCCUUCCUCAAAUACUGGAAACCGUUUCCUCACUGAAAAAUUCAGGUUCCUCAACAAAGCCUGCAUCAGAGUUCAGGAAGGCGGCAAAGAAAGCUCAUGGCGGCUCUGCACAGCUUCAGAAGUCGAACAAGUGAAGAUAAUCCUCUCUGUAAUUCCAAUCUUCGCUUGCACCAUUGUCUUCAACACCAUCUUAGCUCAACUCCAGACUUUCUCAGUUCAACAAGGCAGAGCAAUGAAUACUCACCUCACAAAUUCCUUCAGCAUUCCUCCUGCUUCUCUCCAAGCUAUCCCCUACUUAAUCCUCAUAAUCCUUGUCCCUCUCUACGAAAUAGCCUUUGUCCCCUUCGCUCGCAGACUCACAGGCCAUGAAUCCGGCAUCACUCCUCUGCAACGCAUUGGCGUCGGCCUCUUCUCCGUCACUUUCUCAAUGGUUUCUGCAGCUCUCGUGGAGAAGAAGAGAAGAGACGAGGCUUCAUUGAAAGAAAGCGAUCUCCUUUCCAUCUUCUGGAUCACACCACAGUUCCUAAUUUUUGGGAUUUCUGAAAUGUUUACUGCUGUGGGACUCAUUGAGUUCUUUUACAAGCAGUCUUUGCAGGUCCUCACAGCGAUGACUUACUGCUCUUACUCUUUUGGGUUUUAUUUGAGCUCUGUGUUGGUUUCAAUGGUGAAUAGGAUCACCAGUUCAGAAUCUUAUGGUGGUUGGCUUGGUGAUAAUGAUCUUAAUAAGGAUAGACUGGACUUGUUCUAUUGGGUUCUGGCGUGUCUCAGCCUGCUCAACUUCUUCAACUAUCUGUUUUGGUCAAGAUGGUUUGGGAACUAUAAUCCAUCCCUAGAUGAUAAUGUUGCUUCAAAGCAUGUGGGAGGAGACAACAUAUAGUGCAAUAAUGAGACUUCAUGGAAAUAUUUUUAUUUUGUUUUGGAUUUACAGUGUAUUUAAGGUGGUAAGAAAGUAUUAGGAAAGUAUGAGAAAAAUAGAAUGUAGAGAUGUAAAAACUCUCAAGUACAGAUGUUGGAAGAUUGGAGUGAAGUGAAGUGGAGUUCCUAGUUUGGGUGGGUGUCUCUUUGUCCUUUGUUGGGUUCUGAGAGAUUUGGUGUAAUGCUUAAUUACCUUAUAGAAAUAGUGGUUAAAGGUGAGUUGGCCA